GGCUUUAAGGGCCUCACAUGGAAUUCGUUUCCUGAACAAGUUCGAAAUCUUGUAUUUAUGAAGAAUAUGGAAAAUGAAAAAUGUUAUAUAACAGAUUUGAAUGGGAAGAAGUUGGCGGGUAUUGGUGGUGUUGUUAAUUAUGUUCAGGCAACAUCUAACAAUCCGAUAAGCGAAAAUCCUGAGGUACCAAUUUUAGAAUUCUUUUAAUAACUCCUGGUACCCGUCAUGUCCGAUGUUCAUGGUCUUCUCCUUUUUCUCUCCACAGUGACAGAAUGUCAGAUCAUCACAGCAUUUAAGGUUCGCUGAAAUUUCCUCAGGCUAAGCCUGGCCUGUCCGACCGCGCCAUUUGUCAUGUCCGAUGUUCAUGCUGUGGAAAAAUUGUGGAUGGGAGAUGGAAUUGAACCAUACGUAAAGGGCCCAGACCGAGGCACAACCGACUGUGCCUCCAUCCAACCCAAUGUUGUGUUAUUUUUUUCAUUUAUGUUCUUUCUGCAAGUGCGGACACAACAGUACCUUAUUACCAUCUCGCCACCUUUCUAUUCGGGUCUCAGAUUAAUUUUCAUUUUAUUCUUUCUGCCUAGGAAUGGUCAAAUCUCCUUUUUAUUAAUUUUGAUUUUCGAAUUAGCCGUCUAUUCUUCCUUCGUAAUUUUUGUUAAUUUAACUUUUACUUAA